UAAAUUACGGGUGCAUUUUCUUCUGACCAAUAUUCAUCGAUUUCCGUCCACUGCCAUUAUUGAAAAACCUAAUAUAUCUUCACUUCACUGGUCAUUACUUUGCAAUUACCACCUCAGAAUAGCUGUAGCUAGAUUUAUGGAAUGCGUUGAUUGCAUUCAGGAUGGUUGCCAACCAUGCGAGAUUCAUGUUAACUGAGAUAUAGGAGCUAGACAAGUCGUUGCCACGUGUUUUGGAUUCUGAAAGGAGACGAAGAAUGGGCGGGUUUGAUCUCACAUGAUAUUGGUAUGCGAUGGGAUAAAAAACAAUAUGGCUUCGAUGACAUGCUGCUGGCUAUCACUCCUGCUGUGUGGAUAAUGAUGACGGCAGCCAUGGCAACUCUCCAAGAAGUUGAAGGCAUCAUGUGUAAAGGUGUCCUGACUACUGACAUACAACUCUACGCCAAGUACGACAAGCAGAACCUGACUUCUCCCAACUACCCACGGCACUACGAUGGGAACACCCAGUGCCGAUGGCGAAUCAGUUCCGACACGAAAGGAGAUCAGAUCGUGUUAGAAAUCAAGGACUCCUUGAUACAGAAUAGUAGACCCUGUAGCAAGGACUAUUUGGAGGUCAAAGAUGGUGCGCACAUAUGGGAUCACACGAUAAAGCGAUGGUGUGGGAACGUGGUACCCUCUAAUCUCAUCAAGAGUAACGGACGAGACCUCCUCGUCACCUUCAGGGUGGACAAUACAAAUAAUUACAGGGGCUUUCUCAUGUUUUAUUGGAAAGAGCCGAGACCGCUUACGUUUUACUCUCCAGCAGAAUACAGAACAUCCAACAUCGUCCUCGCUAUCCUCUCAGGGGUGGUAAUCUUCUCCUUCCUCGUGUCCUUUCUCUUCGUCUCGAUCAAGUCUGAGAUCCGGUCCGCACAGAUGCGGCUCCCCUGGCUGAAGUCCACCCGGCUUCACCCCAUCAUACAUACGAACUCAGUCUACCGUAGACACACAGACGAGGAAAGCGCUUCCUGCACGGAGUUGUCAUUUUCGACGCCUCAACGAGCAUCCUUUCCAUAGGGGAAACUCAUGUGACAUGCUGAAUCGAGUGCUGUCGAUUGGUGCGUCCCCCUGGCCGCACAGAUCCAUCCAGCUACACGCUAUCACAUGAGAACGACUGCUAAACAAGCGGAUGAAGAGAACGACUACUGCACGGAUUAAUCAUUUUUGACGCCUCAGGCAUGGGAACAAUCUCUAUCUCAAGUUCGUUGCGCAUGCUCCACUUGGAAGUGAAAACAUGAAAUUUUGAAAGUAACGGACGUCUCAUAAAAUUUCAUCUGAACCUCUCUAUUGUCGGCGUAUUUUGAGAAGAUCAGAGUGGUCCAUCGUAUAGUCAAUAUUGCAGUGUUGGCAUACAGAAGGAGAAUAGCCUAAGCAUUCAGCUGUAGAUCACGGAGUUUUAUGUCUCAUAUCAGUGGAUGUGAGAACAUAUGUCGUAUAACCCACCAACAGUAGAACUUUGCCUGGGCUUUGUAGGAGUUUCUAAACUGCGCGGCAAACGUGUCUUUUGACUUAUUCGUAGAUUCAUCUUAGCAAGUAUGUAUAAAGACAGUCAUGACAGUGAGCCAUGCCAAGAUAGCGUACCGAGCAGAGUUCUCAAGUCAAAUUGCUCUUACGCUUGUGAUGCAAUAUUUAUUUUCGGAUACGGUGCGGGGAAGGAUGGAGAAGGCCGUAGGACCAUCACUCCAUUACCAGGGAGGUGUAUGACAACUCCCUGCCAUUACUAACUUUACAACUCAAACCACGGAAAUAGGCUCUGAAGCGGAGUACGUUUUAUUGCAUUGUUCGCACCGUAACCAACAUUAUUGUUCAAAAGUCAUAAUAAUGAUUAU